AUGGAGGCGCCGCCCCCCCUGCUGCAGGCCGCGCCUGCGGUUGACUCGCCGGUCGCCUCUGCCUGCGCGCCCCUCGUGGCGCCUUCGCCUGCUGCUGCUGCUGCUGCGUCGGGGGCUCCUCGUCGCAUCCGGCGCUUGGAUCCCGCAGUCGUGCAGCGAAUCGCGGCGGGCGAGGUGGUUCUGCGGCCGUCGUCGGCGCUGAAGGAGCUCCUGGAGAACUGCCUCGACGCGCGCAGCUCCUCCAUCUCCGUCACGGUGCACCAAGGCGGCUUCAAGACGCUCGCCGUCAGCGACGACGGCUCUGGGAUCUUCCCCGAAGACCUGCCGAUUCUCUGCCGGCGCUUCACCACCAGCAAACUGCGUUCCCUCGCGGACCUACGUUCCAUGCAGACCUUUGGAUUCCGCGGCGAGGCGCUCGCGAGCCUCUCCGUCGUUGGGCACGUCGACGUGCUCACCCGCGUCGCCUCGCUGCCGCACGGCUACCGCUGCGCCUACGACAAAGGAGAGUGCGUAACCCCCGCCCUGCCCCUCUCGCAGGCCGCUCCGCAGGCUGCUUCGCAGACCGGCUCGUUGGGCUGUCGGGCGGCUGCGGCGCAGGCGCUUCCGGCGGGGGUGGCGGUCGCGGCGCGCAGUCGCGGCACGACGCUGCGGGUGUCGCAGCUUUUCCACGCGUUGCCUGAGCGGCGGAAGAUGCUUGGCGGGCCUCAGGAGGAAUAUGCCAAGUGCCUCGAACUCUGCACGCGCUACGCGCUGGAUAACCCGCAUGUGAAGUUCACCUGCAAGCGACAAGACAAGACGCAGGCUGACCUCGCGACCGCCGGAUGGCCUCGGCCCCCGGUCGAGGCUUUGCGCCAGGCUAAGGGCGCCUCUGCAGGCGAAGGCGGGAAGAACGAGAAGAAGGGGGAAAGUCAAGCGGAGGGAGGAGAGGAGGAAGAAGAGCGUGCGCUGGACGAAGGCGAGCUCGCGCAUAUGAAGCGCGAAAGCCGCGCGGCUGGGCGGGCGCUGGCGGUGAUUGAGCGCGCCUUCGGAUCCUCGGUGAGCAAGCACGUUGUCAAGGUAGACUUCUCCUUCGCGCUGCCGCAAGCCGCCUGGCGCUUCGCGCCGCCGCAAGCUGCAGGCGCAGCCGACGCAGCGAACAGCCGGCGCGAGGGCGCGGCGAAGCAUGAGGGAGGCAUCGAAUCCGAAGCGGCGGAUGGCGCGCCGGGGGACGCCGCAAGCAGCAGCGAGGCAGAAGAAGACGCCGCAAGAGAGGCCGAGCCUGAAAAGCGCAAUGUCGAGAGAAAAGGCAGAAAGGCAUGCAUCGUUAAGGUCUGGGGGUACGCCAUCCGAAUUUCCGCAGGCGUGAGGCCUCCAGGGACCUUCAUUCUCUUCAUCAACGACCGGCUGGUCGACUCGCCAUCUCUCAAAAAGGGCGUGGAAAGCGUCUAUCAGGAGCUCCUGCCGCGCGGUCUGAAGGCGUGGAUCUACCUGUCUCUCUCUCUCCCUGCGUGGCUAGUCGACGUAAACGUUCACCCCACGAAGCAGCGCGUGCAGCUGCUCUACGAGGACUUCAUCGUUGCCCGCAUCUGCACCCAUUUUCGCGACAUGCUGGGAUCUCAGACGUCUCUGCAGACCUUCGACGUGACGCAGCGGUGCUUGUCGAUUAAGGAGCAAUCUCUCCUCUCUGCGGCCUCGUCGUCUUCUUCCUCGUCCUCGUCGGCGUCCUCUCUCUCCAUUUCGGGACUUUCGCAGCGGCUGCUCGUUUUGCCAUGGACGUCGCCAGACAGCGAUGCGCUUUCCUCCUCCUCCUCCUCCUCCUCUUGUCUCUCGACGUCCUCUUCGUCCUCUUGUUGUUCUCAUUAUUCUUCUCACUCGUCUUCUUCUUUCUCUUCUUGCUGUGCGUCGUCUGGCUGUUCGCUUCCGAAGUACGGAGGCGCUCCGGCGCAGGGCGAGGGCGAAGGCGAGGCGCCCGCAGCGACUGCUGACGGGGGCGCGGAGACGCGGAGUGCGCAGGUGCUAGCCAAGCCUGAAGUCGGCGUCAGCCCUUCCUCUUCGCGUCCUCCCCUGCCGUCACAGAGCUCGUCUGCGGCCGCGAAGAAACCUGCACUGAAGCCGACGCGCGUGCGCACCGACUUCCGCCAGACGAGCCUGGAGUCGUUCAUCGCCACGGGACGCUCCACGUCCAUUCAGCCAAAGGCCCUCUCUUCUUCCGCUGCGUCUGCGGCCUCUCUGUCUUCUUCGUCGCUCUCUUCGUCUGCGACAGCGCGUGAGGCGCUGGCUGAGGGCGGCGUUGAGGAGAGCGCCGCUGCUGCCGCGACGGAGGGCGAGGUCCGCGACGAGGCCACGCCUUCGUCUUCCUCUUCUUCGUCUUCCUCUUCUUCGUCUUCUUCUGCGUCUUCCGCUUCUUUGUGCAGCCGUUUGACGAGGUCAGGCACUUCGUUUUUUCAAUCGCGUCCCGCCCUGGAUCAGGUUGUUCUGCGCGCGUUCCCCAGCGACGCCUUCAUGCUCUCUUCUGUUCAGGCGCUGCUUCGCGCGAGUCAGCGCCGCGGCGAGGCGCCUGGGCCGCCGGCGGACGCGCGGCAGAGAGCGAAUUCGGGGCGCUCUGAAAACGCGAGACACGCGCGCACAGGCUGCGGCGCCUGGAUGCCGCAGACCUCUCUUGUCGGACCUGUCAGCGACACACACGCCCUCCUUCAGCACAAGGAACUUCUCCUCUUGGUUGACCUCCAGCGCGUGAUGAGCGAAUUUCUCUUCCAGUCGAUUCUCCUGCGGCUCGGACGCCUGCCGCCGCUCCUUCUGAGUCCUGCUCUCGACGUGGAGAAGGUGCUGCGUGCGGCGCUGCGCCGAAGAGAGAAAAUGAGAAGUGCAAUCGAGGGCGCGCGCGCGGGGGAAGACCAAGCUGCCGCGGCCUCCUCUGCCUCUGCCUCCGCGGCUCGCUCGCCCUCUGAGUCGGAGAAAGAGACCGUCGAUCGGGCCUUCGCGCGCCUCCACAGGCAUCGCCUGCUGCUGUGCGACUACUUCAGCGUGGGCAUCGUGGCGGAGCCGCCCGAUGACGACCGAGAAGAAAAGACAAAGAGGCGAAAGACGGGCGACGCGCCGCAGAGCGCGUCAGAGCUCGAACCCGACGCGAAGACGCGUUGGUAUCUAAAAACUAUGCCGCUCGCCUGUGGAUCCUACUUCCCCUUCCAGCACCUGCCCGAGCUGCUGCUGCAGCUGGCGCUUGACGUCGACUGGAGCGAAGAGGCCUCGUGCCUGCGCGACGCCGCCCGAGCGCUCGCGCGAUUCUUCUCCUCUGUGCCUCCUCCCUCCUCUUCUGCCUCCUCUUCCUCCUCUUCUUCGGCGCUGGCCGUCCGCGCGGAAGUCCGCGACGCCUUCGCAAGUCACUUCGUGCCUGCGCUCCGCGGCUACUGGAAGUGCGCGGUGCCGCGGAAGUUUUUUGAAGACGGAACGGUGCGCGUGGUCGCCUCGCUGCCGGCGCUGUAUCGUGUCUUUGAGCGCUGCUGA